GUGGCAGCCGAAAGAGAAGAAGGAACCAGAUUCUGUUCCGUUUUUGACCUGCGUUCUUUCGUUUUGGCUCUUCCCUCACCGUCCGUCAAUUUCUGGUCACGAGACAUGGCGGGUUGCGUUGCAUUUCCACGAGGCUCUUUCAUGAGUCUACAAAUAGGGCUUCUUCCAUCUUCGUCGUCGUCAUAGAUCUUCUUUCCUGCUCAGGUUUUUUUAUCCAUAGGAAGAGAUUAGCACGGGACGAUGUCGGUCUUAAGUAACGGCUACGCAUCGGAGAGAAAAUCUUUAUCAGAGCUCGCUCCACUUGAAUCAAUACUGUUUGAUAUAGAUGGUACACUAUGCGAUUCGGAUCCUAUCCAUUGCCACGCCUUCCGUGAAUUGCUUCUUGAGAUAGGCUACAAUAAUGGGGUUCCCAUUACAGAGGAUUUCUUUGUUGAGAAAAUUAGUGGCAAGCACAAUGAUGAUAUUGGGAGAACCUUAUUCCCAGAUUGGGAUGCCGAAAAGGCAGCAAAGUUCUUAGACGACAAGGAAGCCUUGUUUCGAAGGCUUGUUCCGCAGCAGUUAAAGGCGGUAACCGGACUCCAUAAAUUAUGCAAAUGGACGAAGGAUCGCGGGCUUAAACGAGCAGCAGUGACUAAUGCUCCCAGGCCCAAUGCCGAACUCAUGAUCUCAACUCUUGGACUCAAUGACUUCUUCCAUGUUCUGGUGGUUGGAAGUGAGUGUGAGAGGCCCAAACCAUUCCCAGAUCCUUAUUUGAAAGCUCUCAAGGACCUCGACGCAUCGCCUGAACACACCGUCGUCUUCGAGGAUUCAGUAGCAGGGAUUAAAGCUGGCGUGGCUGCUGGGUUGGCUGUAGUUGGUGUGGCAACAAGAAACCCAGAGCAGUCGCUGAUGGAUGCUGGAGCUUCUCUGCUCAUUAAAGAUUAUGAAGAUCCCAAGCUUUGGUCAGCAUUGGAAGACCUUUAAAUUUUAAAUUUAAUCUUUAUUUACCCUUUUGUUUUUCUCAUAUUGAAUCAAGUCAUGUUAUAUGGGGGAAUAUUUCUUACUUCAAUGGUCUUCAACCAUAUUCUUUAUUAAUAAUUAAAAAAAUAUAUAUAUUAAAUAGCUUGGCCAAGUACUAAAAUAUGAAGUUUGAGGGCAUUCAUUUAACUUAUUUCUUUUGUCC